AUGUUUCCUUGGCCUCUCUCGCUUCCGUCUGUGCUCUUACUGUUUGUUCUCUAUGCCUGCGCGACUGAUUUGAAUCCCCGUCAAUCGUGUGCCCCAAGCUACAACUUCUGCUCACCCAAAGGGUCAUCUGUUCGGGAUGUUCCCGUACUCGGGCCAGGUCUUGCGAGGCUCUAUGUCAGCCUGCUCCAAACUGUGGACACUAGUCCGUCACGGCCACGAACCAAGGAAAAUAGAGGUGGUGGUGCAGUGGCUCACGAGCGCAGAGAUGCAACUGGCACACUUUGCUGUGCACAGAAUACCCAGUGCCUGCUUGUGCUUAGCUACAACCUCCCUGUCUGCUGGGAUCGCUUCACUACAAACUACUACCUACCCGAUGGCUCCUACGGUUCAAUUACUUCCGGCAACUACACAACUCCUGCUGGGGACCAUGCAAACCUGAUCACAGGCAAUUAUCAGCUAGUCAGCGGACAGACGGGCAAUAUCUACCAGCAGGACCCAGGCGAGGAGCCUAAUACUUCAACGUUGCUCAUGCCAACGCAGUUUACGAGCAGUGGAGUUGGCUCAGCGAUACCCGCAAGCCAAGUCGGCGGCCCAGCGACGUACACAUCGCUGCCAUUGCCGCUGUUGCCUCCGACCCCGACUGCUUCCCCGGCCGUGAGUAGCACCAACACUUAUAGUAUUGGAGGAAGCAUGACAAAUGGGAUUGGGAGCACCUUCCAUGGGAGCGGUAUCGGCUCCAUCACAGCCUCCGCAACCAGUGGUCCUGAGAUCACGCCGCCAACCACAAGCAAUGGAGCGGGACCCGUUCGUCAUGGCAAAUGCCACCAGUUCUUGAUUGGGAUCACAAUCCUCGCCGCAGGAGUACAAUACUUCACAUACAGAUAG